CGCUUCUUGAGACCACAGACUAACCAGAAUAUCAUUUGCAUGCAUGACCAACCAUGUCGCCAACUUCCAUUACCUCGCUCUGCUCCGAAGAUGCUCGACCAUCGACCACCUGAAGCAAAUCCAUGCCCACACCAUCGUCUCCGGCCUCUCUCGCUUCGCGUACACGGCGAGUAAAAUCUUGGCCUGCUCUGCGCUCGCGCCAUACGGGAACAUGAGCUACGCAGCGAGCGUUUUCGCUCGCAUUCCCGCCCCCGGAGUCUUCGACUUCAAUGUCAUGAUGAUGGGUUUCUUGGGAGACUUCGAACAUGGGAAAGCUGUGUCGGUCUACGGUCGAAUGUGCAGGGAAAGCGUCAAGCCGAAUGCCCGCACUUUCGCUGCACUGGUCAGGGCAUGCGCUGGCUUUCCUUUGCUUGGUCAAGUUCACUGUGGCGCGAUGAAGUUCGGGCAUGAUUGUGAUGUUUAUGUGGUGAGUUCUCUGAUAAGCAUGUACUCUAAGCAUGGAGCUGUGUGCGUUGCUCGCCGCCUGUUUGAUCAAUGUUCAAUCAGGAACGUAGUUUGCUGGACGAGCCUUAUCACUGGCUACUGCAGCAGCGGCCUCGUUGAUGAAGCUCGAGGACUGUUCGAUUCAGCGCCGGAGAAAAAUGAUGUUUCCUACAGUGCCAUGAUCUCUGGCUACGUUCGGAAUGAGCGGUUUGACGAGGCCAUUAAGUUGUUUUCUGUGGUUAAAGAUCGCGCUGACAUGAAAAUAAGUGGAUCUCUUUUGGUUAGCGUACUUGGCGCCUGUGCCAUUGUGGGAGCCUUUGAAGAAGGAAAAUGGGUUCAUAAGUACAUAGAUGAGAAUGGCAUCAAUUACGAACUUGAGCUAGGCACUGCAUUGAUUAACUUCUAUGUCAAAUGUGGGUUCGUCAGAUUCGCACAAAAAGUUUUUGACCAAAUGCCUCUGAAAGAUGUGACAACUUGGAGUGCGAUGAUAUUGGGGUUUGCUGUCAAUGGUGAGAAUGAGACAGGGCUGCAGCUUUUCUAUGAGAUGGAAAAUAGGGGUCCUAAACCAAAUGCUGUGACGUUUAUUGGAGCUCUGGUGGCCUGCAAUCAGAAGUGCCUAAUCAAUGAAGCAUGGCGCUUGUUUGGACGUAUGGGCAAAGUUUACGGCAUCGCUCCAACUAUUGAGCACUAUGGAUGCAUGGUUGACCUCUUGGCUCGGGCUGGUCAAAUCAAAGAGGCUGGUGUGUUGAUAAAGAUUAUGACGAUGGAACCAGAUGGUGCAGUUUGGGCAUCUUUCUUAAAUGGGUGUAUGAUGCAUGGCUAUGUUGAGUUAGGGGAGAAAGUCGGCAGGCAUUUGAUUCAACUAGAACCUCAACAUAGUGGACGCUAUAUCCUUCUGGCCAAUAUGUAUGCUAAGAUGGGCAACUGGGACAACGUUUUGCUGCUGAGGAAAACUAUGAAGGAAAACAAAGUAUUCACAGUUCCUGCUUGGAGUUCCGUUUAGAUUGAUGGGAUUGUCAUAAAUUUGUUGUUGAUAGUCCUGCCACGCGUGCUCCCAGAUGCAGUAGACUUCAUUGAUGGAAUUGUGAAGGAGCAGCAGAGCAAGAAGGAGAAAGAUGGUCAGUGGAGGGGCAGAGGCAGCUGUGGAGGAUGAUGAAGUUCGCAAUUCCAG